CGUCUAUUAUUUUGCACUUUUCUCCUCUUACUCAAUGUUGAUAUCACAAUAUUCACUGUCCGUAUGGUACCUACUGAUUAUUAGGCCCAAAAUCUAUAAAUAACCCGUGUUUCUCCUCCAUGAGACUGUAGCUAUUUUGGGUGCGGGGAUUUUGAGUUUGUAUGGGGGUAGAGGUGCCAGCUAGGCGGACGAGACGGACCCAGAUCACUUAAGACCUGCGAAGACCGUCGUCAGCUACUUCAUUAUAUAUUGAAAAAACUAUCCAAAUAAAAUCUUUUCUCUCUUUUUCUCUGAUGUAAGGGGUUAUAUCUUGUAAACAACACGGCAACUCAGAGACGUCUACCAGCGUUUGAUGAAAACAAAACCUGAGGUUUUUCAGUUGUUGGAGUGAUCAUGAAGUCCACUCCUCCGCCAGCAUUUGUUCGUGUCAGUGACAGAGACCUGACAGAGAUUGAGCUCCAUUCAGUUGAUUCCAUCAAUGAUUUGCACCGAACACACUUUGAGCAGCACAACAAAGGUGUAAUACCACCCCGCCCGCCGCCUCCCUCCACCAAUGGGAUCCUUCACAUGCAAGACAGGCCAGUUGACUGUCAAACAGCACAAUCCUCGAGAAGGCCCUGUGUGAGCAGUCUGAAUGACAUUUGCACUUCCGCUAGGUGGCGUUAUUUCUUAGCAUGUGCAGCUAUUAUUGUAGCCCUCCUCGCGCUCAUUCUUAUCUUCAGUUUUUUAGUACAGCAGAGCAGUGCUCUUCACACACUCUUGGAGAUGGUGAAACAGAAACCAGAAGCAGCUGAAGAAAUCUCCCUACUCUUACAAGAGGUACACAAGAUGCACUUGAACUUGACUGCAGUGGGAAAUAAACAGCGACCAUGAAAAUAACAAUCAACACAAAAUUCUGCUACACUUUGCCAACAUGAUGGAGAAAUUCAGAUCAACAUGUGUGAUUCUCUGUCUUGUUUUGCUAUUCCAAAAGUAUCCACUAGUGCAUUGACUUGCUCAAAGACAUUUACUUGGCCUGUUUUUUUUUUUUUUUUUAAUGAACAAUACGAUCUGACAGUUUUAUGGCUGAAAUUUCUCAUAUGUUUUAAAAGUUUCAUUUUUGUAACUCAAAAGGAAAACAGCACAUAAGGCCACAAAGAUCUCAUCAGUAUCUUUAGUUUUCUGGUCUCUUACCAUUCCACUCCUAUUAAAUGUCCUCUACACUCUUAAGAUAAAUACUGCUUAUACGCUGCCCUCAUGCACUAAACUACAAUGACUAAAAGUUAAUCAGAGAAAGAGUUAGAGUUUUGUGGACACACCUGUGUGAUACCUAUGACCAGUUCUUAAAUGUUAUAAUUUGUUAAUGUUCAUUAUGGCAAAAACCUCCCAAAGCAGGAACAAGGUAGAUUGUUUUUUUAACCAAAACUCUUGAAUGGACUACAGUGAGCUCUCUUGAAUGAACGUAUAUUGACAAUGAGUGUAUAUUAUUAAGAGCCAGAGCCAUGAUGUUAUAUAUAUAUAUAUAUAUAGGGAGAAAAAAUAAUAUUUACAAUAAAUAAAGAGUGAAAUGAUUUAUAAAUGAAAAAGUGCUUGUAUUCUGGUUACAGGAUUUUAAACAUUUAUUUGGUCAUCAGAAACUAUUUUAGUCAGUGUACUGGUAACACUUUAUAGCAAGGUCCCAUUUAUUAACAUUAGUUAAUGCAUUAGGUAUCAUGAAAAAUAUAUUUUUACAGCAUUUAUGAAUCUUUUGUUAAUGUUAGUUCAUAAUGCAUUAAAUGUUUAUUUUAAUAUUUAAAAAAUGUAUUACUAUGUUGAAAUUAACAUUAACCAAGUAAUAACACCAUAAAUUAUGUAAAAUAUUGUUGAUUGUUAGUUCAUGUUAACAAAUGGAA